AUGGGGAUUAUGAAGAAGAAAACGAGAACUCGGGAAAAGCAUCAGGGAAGACCUCUCAUGUCUAUUAAAAUACUUAAAUGCAUCAAACUUCUAUCCAGCAGAAGGGGAGCGAAUAAUAGAUUCUUCAGACAUAUCGUCCUCAGCACAGGAAAAGAGAAUUCCUUCCAACCCAAUAUUAUUGCUCGUUUCUAUUUCUCAUCAAGAGUCCAAGGAACGUCUGAUUAUCCAGAAGGAUACUUGUUCCUCUUCCUUAUAUCUGUGCAUCAGCAGGGACAGAGGAACAGUCCUUGCAAGCGAAGCGGAAUUGCGAAACAGCAUCAUAAUCUCAAGAAAAGUGGACAUGAAGCUACUAUUCUAGGUUCCAGGAAGAGUGCCGUAACAGCGUCGAAGCGGAACACUCUUGAGAUACAAACCCUAUUCCAAAGGGACGAGCCAAAAGGGUUCGAUCCGGAGAAAGAAUUCAUCCUACGGAUCGCAAGUCAGCACUUCCGGGGAACCGCUUCCAUCAAGCCUCUUGAUGAGCGUCGCAUCUCAGACCACCGCUGUUCGGUCAGCAGGUUCACAAACCACCAGCGCCACGAAAAACAGACCAAAUCCCAAUCUCGAAAUACGAAGUGGCAAUGGCAGUCGCGACCGCCUCGUCGGAUUCAUGGAAGGCAACUAAAAGAGCGACGAGCUGAGAGUAGGGGAGACUGGGAUCUGAUUCUUUACCCGGUAACUGGCAGACCAUUCUGGAAAGAGGUUGGAUAUGUCCUGUCGGACGGGGAACUUUGUCAGAAGCAGAAGAAGAAGAAGAAAAAGAAGAAAAAGGAUGACGACUAA